AUGAUUCACGAUGCGUAUGAUGUAUAUGAAAAUAACCCAACCCAUUUUCAGACGUUGCUUGAAGACGCUGAAAAACCUUUAUAUCCCGGUUGUAGUAAAUUUACUAAGCUAUCUGCCACCAUUAAAUUGUACAAUUUGAAGGCGAAACAUGGUUGGAGUGAUACUAGUUUCAAUGAUCUAUUGAAAUUGAUAAGAGAAAUGCUCACUGAAACCAAUUCCAUGCCUUUUUCUUUGUACGAUGCAAAGAAAACCUUAAGCACGCUAGGAUUAGAUUAUGAGAAGAUUCAUGCCUGCCCUAACGACUGCAUUUUAUAUCGGAAGGAGUAUUUAGAUUCAAGUGAUUGCCCUACAUGUGGGAUGUCAAGAUGGAAGGUGAAUAAGAAAGGUAAGGUUAUGUCUGAAGUGCCGUCAAAAGUUUUGUGGUAUUUUCCUCCAAUACCAAGAUUCCGAAGAAUGUUUCGUACUCGGGAAAUUGCCAAAGAGCUAGUUUGGCAUGCGGAUGAAAGAAAGCAUGACGGUAAAUUACGUCAUCCAGCUAAUGCACCGGCUUGGAGAUUAGUAGACAACAAAUGGCCCGAUUUCGGGAACGAACCCAGAAAUCUUAGAUUAGCUUUAGCAGCCGAUGGUAUGAAUCCACACAAUAUGAUGAGUUCUAACUAUAGUUGUUGGCCUGUCGUACUUGUCACAUACAAUUUACCUCCAUGGUUAUGCAUAAAGAGAAGAUUUAUGAUGCUAAGUCUACUGAUUUUUGGUCCCAAGCAACCCGGGAACGAUAUUGAUGUAUACUUGGCACCCCUAAUUGAUGACUUGAAAGAGUUAUGGGAGGUGGAGAUCAAAGCAUAUGACGCUUAUCAUGAUCAAAGCUUCACACUUAAAUAUGUUCUACUGUGGACAAUCAACGAUUUUCUUGCCUAUGGAAACUUGUCGGGAUGUUCUGUUAAAGGGUAUAAAGCUUGUUCAAUUUGUGCAGAUAAAACUCAUUCUAAAUGGCUACCGCACAGUAGGAAAGUAUCUUACAUUGGGCAUAGACAAUUUUUACCCGAAUCUCAUCCUUGCCGAAGGCAGAAGAAAGCGUUUGACGGCGUACAAGAGUUGCGGGCUGCCCCAAAACCUCUAAAUGGUAGAGAGGUUUUAGAAAGAAUGCAAGCAUGCAAAUGUGUGUGGGGAAAAACGAAGGGUAUAAAAAUAUCAGUUGAAGGCAAUUCCAAAAAGAGAAAGAAGAAGGAAUUAGCUGUGUCUUCCGUAGAGAACUCAUAUUUCAAGAAGAAGUCAAUUUUCUAUAAGUUAGAGUAUUAG